AUGAAUUUAUUGAAAAAUGUCGAUAAUGUUGAUCAACAUUUAGAAAUGGAUUUAAUUAUCAUACAAGAAUGGUAUGAUACAAGAAUAAAUCUGGAUCUAAUCGAUGAUCAGGUUAUAAUAUCUGAAUCGUCAAAAAUUCGUAUGUUUUGGCUACCGGAUACAUAUAUAAUAAAUGCAUUAAAUGCUCGAGUUGUUGAUUCAUUAAUACCGGCACAAAAAUUAAUUAUCAAUUCACAAGGUCUAAUGUAUUUUGCCAUAAGAGUAAUGGCAAGAGUUAAAUGUUCAUUGAAUUUACAAUUAUAUCCAAUGGAUUAUCAAUAUUGCCAUAUAAGAUUUUCAUCAAUUCUUUAUAAUCGUGAACAAUUAAUGUUAACAUGGAAAUUAUUCGAUAUACAUAAAGAUGAAUAUCCUGAAUUCAAAAUACGUCUUUGGUUUCAAUAUGAAAUAUGUCGGCCAUGGCAAAAUCCAAUCCGACAGAAUACAUGUAUUGUUGCAACAAUGAAACUUGUACGAAAUCUUAAUUAUUAUAUCAUUAGAUAUUAUCUUCUUACGUUUCUGACUGUUGUUAUAAGUUUCGUUGGAUUUUGGUGUCAAUUGAAUGGUUGGCCUGCACGUGUUACUGUCAUGAUUAUACCAUUAAUGGAUCUGAUUACUGAAGAUAUUGAUGAUAAUAAUGAUAUUCAAGUUAAUUAUGUAACAGCAUUUCAUUGGUGGAUGAUGUGGAUACAAGGCUUUGUUUAUCUAGUUGUUGUUGAAUAUGCUGUUGCUAUUGCAUGGGCACAUUUUAUUGUGGAUAAAAAAAAUCAUCGAAAAAAAUUACAAGAAUAUCUGGCUGCACAAUCCCAAGGUAUAGCAUGGAUUGGACCACCACCACCACCAGUAUUACUUGGUUAUUAUUGUGGAAAUAAUGGCUGGUAUGCACGAGCUGGCCGAUUUGUUGAUCGUAUGAUUUAUUUUUUUGUUGGUGAAGCUGAUCUUCAACGUGAUCCUUAUGUACGAAAUAAAAUCGAUUAUGCAUCCAGAAUUCUUUUUCCAUUAAUAUUCUUAUUGUUUGUAUUGAUCUAUAUUCUGGCUACCGUAGCUCCAUGGGCAGCUAAUUAUAAUUGAUAAAAAAUCAAUCGUUUUACAAUCA